UUAACUCUCCUCAACUCUCUCACACUCCUCUCUUGUCUUCCUCUCUUAUCUUUUUCCUUUUGUUUUCUCAGUGAUAAUCACUUAAUUAACCGCAUUGCGAUCAAGUUUUGUUAAUUAAUCACCCACAUUAAUGGCUUGGGGUGUGGUUCAUCUUGGUGUGGUAAUGCUAGUAGCUCUUUCUCCAUUUGUUAAUGGUGGUGGGCAUGACUAUGGGAGAGCUUUGAGUAAGAGCAUUCUCUUCUUUGAGGCUCAGAGAUCUGGUUACCUCCCUAAGAACCAGAGGGUCACUUGGAGAGCUAAUUCUGGCCUUCAAGAUGGAAAGGCUAGUGGGGUGGAUUUAGUAGGAGGAUACUACGAUGCAGGGGACAAUGUGAAGUUUGGGCUGCCCAUGGCCUUCACCGUCACUAUGAUGUCCUGGAGCAUUGCUGAAUAUGGCAAGCAAAUGGCCGCCAGCGGAGAACUGAGCCAUGCUCUUAACGCCGUCAGGUGGGGAACUGACUAUCUCAUUAAAGCUCAUCCCGAGCCCAAUGUCCUCUAUGGACAGGUUGGUGAUGGCAACUCUGACCACUACUGCUGGCAGCGGCCAGAGGACAUGACAACCAACCGGCAAGCUUAUCGGAUGGUCUUCCGCCGGUUCGAUCCGGCCUACUCGAGAGAGCUCCUAACUCAUGCUCGACAGCUCUUCGAGUUUGCUGACAAAUACCGGGGUAAAUACGAUGGCAGUAUAAAGCCUGCACAAAAAUACUACCGCUCUGUUAGUGGAUACGGGGAUGAGCUCUUGUGGGCAGCUGCGUGGUUGUAUCAGGCUACAAAUGAUCAUUAUUAUCUUGAUUAUUUGGGUAAUAAUGGCGAUGAACUUGGUGGGACCGGGUGGCAACUUACCCAGUUCGGUUGGGACGUCAAAUAUGCUGGUGUACAAGUUCUUGCUUCUAAGUUCCUCCUACAAGGGAAGGCAGCUCAACAUUCAGUCCGCCAGGACCAGCAUCCAAUGCUCGUCGGGAACCGCUAUUGCUCCUGUUUAACUCCUAGGCUUUGCCAAGUCUCAGGGCCUAUGCUUGGAGUAUUAGCUCGUCUUGGUGCUGGUCAUAGUGGAGAUAAUCAACUUCUUGUGGAGAUUCCGUUGCCUGAUAAACCCUUCACUUCUCCAGGAACCAAAUCAAUUUCGCCAUUUGCAAUUGAGCAGAAAGCAACAACAUCAUGGGAUUUCAGAGGAACAAAGUACUACAGGUACUCUGCAAUGGUUACCAACAAGUUAUCUAAAAUUGCAAAGAACCUCAACAUUUCGAUAUCAAAGUUCAAUGGUGAAUUGUGGGGGCUAACAAAGUUAGAGAAUGGAUAUUAUCCUACAUGGGUUGAGUCGUUGCCUGCGGGUAAAAGCUUUGAGUUUGUUUACAUCCACUCGGAUACUCAAGCUGACAUCUCGGUCUCUGGCUAUACAUUGAUCUAA